GCGAGCCAUCAAGUUUAGCUGUCAGAAAACGGUGAAGUGUCAGAUCUUUGUCGUAAGUUACUCACGUCGCCACACUUACAGAAACAUUACUGUUGCGUGUGUGGCUGUCUGGAGCCAACAUGGACCACAUUCAAAAAGGAUGGUUCACAGAAAUGUGCACGUUAUGGCCGGGCCAAGCCAUGAGCCUCCAAGUCGAAGAGGUCCUCUACCACAAGAAAUCCAAAUUUCAAGAUGUUAUGGUUUUUAAGAGUAAAACCUAUGGUAAUGUCUUGGUGCUGGAUGGAGUGAUCCAGUGCACAGAAAGAGAUGAGUUUGCAUAUCAGGAGAUGAUUGCCAACCUUCCCCUGUGCAGCCACCCCUGCCCCAAGAAGGUCCUGAUUAUUGGCGGAGGAGAUGGCGGUGUACUAAGGGAAGUUGUGAAGAAUCCUCUGGUGGAAUCGGUCAUUAUGUGUGAAAUAGAUGAGGAUGUCAUCAAUGUGUCAAAGAAGUACCUCCCAGGGAUGGCCAAAGGGUUUUUCAGUCCCAAGCUUACCCUUCAUGUAGGAGACGGCUUUGAAUUCAUGAAGCAGAACCAGGAUGCCUUUGAUGUCAUAAUUACUGAUUCAUCAGACCCUGUUGGACCUGCUGAGAGUUUGUUCAAGGAGUCUUACUAUCAGCUGAUGAAGGCAGCAUUGAGAAGUGAUGGAAUACUUUGUUCCCAGGGAGAGUGUCAAUGGCUCCAUUUGGAGCUGAUAAAGGAGAUGCGAACCUUCUGCAAGACCCUAUUCCCAGUGGUGGACUAUGCCUACGGCACCAUCCCAACUUAUCCCAGUGGCCAAAUUGGAUUCAUGCUGUGUAGUAAAAAUCCUGCAACAAAUUUCAAGGAACCAGUGAAAGCCUUGUCAAAUGAAGAAAUGGAAAAUAUGAGCCUUAAAUAUUACAACCCUGAAAUUCACAAAGCAUCAUUCGUCCUCCCUGAGUUUGCAAGAAAGGUACUGAAUGACGCAUGACCAGCAUCAACAAACUAACUCAGUCCCCCUCUACCUGGCCCUCAAACCACUAAUAAACAAUUUUGUCCUACAGCGUCAGCUCCUCCUCAACAAGCUCAGUGCCACUGAAAAGAGAAGCCUCUUAAAGAUUUUAUAAUGGGGGCAGAGUGGGUCGAAGCUUGCUGACGUAUACAGAGAAAGUGUUAGUGUGCUUGGAUGUUCCCUUCCUUCAGUCUUACACACUCUAGAUGUUAAUUUAUUCACAGGACUUAAUUGGUUCUUCAUUUUUACUCUGUAAAUAUCUUAUCAGCAUUUUAUGAAGAGCAGUUUAAGGGGCUGGGCUGAGUGGGGAGAGCAUUGCCAUCAGAAUCUGACCUCAUGCUGAAACGGUGUACUGUUUAUUGGAUUCAUUGCAUCCACCCAUUAUGCAAUAUAUUACAUACCAUAUAGAGCAUGUUUAUGUAAUCUAUUGCUGUACUUUUUAUUUGUAAUGUAUAUUAUCAAUCUGUGCUCAUAGGAAAACAGAUGCCAUCUGUCAUGACUGUAUAUCCAUAAUAAUGUGUCUACAUAUGAACCCUAUAGUGCCUCAAAUUGGUUGCUCCUUGUUGAAAAAGAAAGAUUACUUAUCAUGUUGUACCAGGCAGAUAGUGUCCUAGACAAAUAGCUUAUGUGCUUCGAGUAGUUCAUAAAAUUGUCCCUUUGAACUUAAACAAACCAAACAUGAAAGAAGUUGAAAUGAUUUAAUUGAUUCUCAUCUUUGAUUUGUGAUUUCAAGUAGAAGAAUUAAUGAUGUGAAGUGAAAUUGAGGAUGGCAUUGGAGCUCAGCAGUGCAGGAAAAUGUAUUUGAAAUGGGAAUUCAUUAUGCAAUCAUACUUGCAGUAUUGGGGGAUUGACUACUAGUAGUGAGCUUCAACUGUAGUAAGCCUGUAUGCUGAGUCAUUGCAUCAUCUAUCACCUUUAGUUACCUCUUAAGUUGUCAAUCCACGUUGAAUGUUUAUUGAGAAAUGGUGUCAUAUACCUGAGUGAUGAUUUGGGUUUUUAUAAAGCUAAUAAAUUGGAAACAUACAAUGGUUAA